GGGCGGGCGGACAUGGCGGCCAACAUGGCCCGGGUCGGAGAUUAUGUUUACUUUGAGAAUUCCUCCAGCAACCCAUACCUAAUCAGAAGGAUAGAGGAACUCAACAAGACUGCAAGCGGCAAUGUGGAAGCAAAAGUAGUCUGCUUUUAUAGAAGACGGGACAUCUCCAACACGCUGAUAAUGCUUGCCGAUAAGCAUGCUAAAGAAACUGAGGAAGAAUCGGAGACGACGGUUGAGGCUGAGUUGACGGAGAAGCAGAAGCACCAGCUGAAACACAGGGAGCUCUUUCUGUCCCGCCAGUAUGAGUCCCUGCCUGCAACACAUAUCAGGGGGAAGUGCAGCGUGGCCCUGCUGAACGAGACAGAAUCAGUGCUGUCAUACCUUGACAAAGAGGAUACCUUCUUCUACUCAUUGGUGUAUGACCCUUCAGUGAAAACAUUAUUGGCUGACAAAGGUGAAAUCAGAGUGGGCCCAAAGUACCAAGCCGACAUUCCAGACAUGCUACCAGAAGGCGACUCAGAUGAGAGGGAACAAUCAAAAUUGGAAGUUAAGGUUUGGGACCCCAAUAGUCCGCUUACGGAUCGGCAGAUUGACCAGUUUUUAGUUGUAGCCCGUGCCGUGGGAACAUUUGCCCGUGCCCUGGAUUGCAGCAGCUCUGUGAGGCAGCCCAGCCUGCAUAUGAGCGCGGCUGCGGCCUCCCGAGACAUCACCUUGUUCCAUGCCAUGGACACGCUGUAUAGGCAUGGCUAUGACCUCAGCAGUGCCAUCAGUGUGCUGGUGCCGCUCGGAGGGCCGGUCCUGUGCAGGGACGAGAUGGAGGAGUGGUCUGCCUCUGAAGCCAGCUUAUUCGAAGAAGCACUGGAAAAAUAUGGCAAAGAUUUCAAUGACAUCCGUCAGGACUUCCUCCCAUGGAAGUCCUUGACUAGCAUCAUUGAAUAUUAUUACAUGUGGAAAACUACUGACAGAUACGUUCAACAGAAGCGCCUAAAAGCUGCGGAAGCCGAGAGCAAACUGAAACAAGUGUACAUCCCAACUUACAGCAAACCAAAUCCCAACCAAAUCUCCAGCAGCAAUGGCAAGGCUGGCACUGUGAAUGGAGCUGUGGGGACCCCGUUCCAGCCCCAGAGCGCGCUCCUAGGGCGAGCCUGUGAGAGCUGCUAUGCCACACAGUCUCACCAGUGGUAUUCCUGGGGCCCACCUAAUAUGCAGUGUAGACUCUGUGCGACCUGCUGGCUGUAUUGGAAAAAGUACGGAGGUCUGAAGAUGCCCACGCAGACGGACGAGGAGAAGGCUCCCAGCCCUGCCGCAGAGGACCCGCGCGUGAGAAGCCACCUGUCCCGGCAGGCCUUGCAGGGCAUGCCGGUCCGGAACACCGGGAGCCCCAAGUCGGCCGUGAAGACCCGCCAAGCUUUCUUCCUUCAUACUACGUAUUUCACAAAAAUUGCUCGUCAGGUCUGCAAAAACACCCUGCGGCUGCGGCAGGCAGCGAGACGGCCGUUUGUUGCUAUUAACUAUGCUGCCAUUAGGGCAGAAUAUGCAGACAGACACGCUGAACUUUCUGGAAGCCCACUGAAAAGCAAGAGCACCAGGAAACCUUUGUCAUGUAUCAUUGGGUAUUUAGAGAUCCAUCCUGCAAAGAAACCUAAUGUAAUUCGAUCUCCGCCGAGCCUGCAAACUCCAACUACCAAGAGGAUGCUCACCACUCCAAACCACACGUCCCUGAGCAUUCUGGGAAAAAGAAACUACAGCCAUCACAACGGUCUAGAUGCCUCCAAGAUUCGGAUGGUGAAUUCUCUGAUUUUCGGAAGGGGAGGACAUGAACUCAGAAGCCUGCAACUAGAAACUGUAAAAGAGAUUGCUUUUGUGUCACCGGUUGAUCAGAGGGCAGAGUCUCCAAGUCCACGGGCUUCAAGUACUUCUGAGUAGUCAAACCAAUAGGGAACAUUUUGCAGAAAACAAAAACUUACCUGCUGUGUGUCAGACUGAGCUAUUCCUAUUCCAUCCUGUACUUCAAGACCUGCUACUGUCCCACCGGUGGUCACAGCCAUGCCUGGAAAGGAGGCGGCCCCUAAAGUGGGAGAGCUCCGUGUACACCCCUUGGAAGCCCAAAGGGGCAGGGAAGAAACUGUAGGAGCACACGAUCUGGGUCUGUGACUCCAUGUGUGACCAGUGGCGCCUCACUUCCUUCCCACCUUGCUGUUCCAGAGUGGACCUGUCUGUGAACUGAGGCAGGGAGCUUCUAGCCUCCUGGCUUCCCAGUUCCCAGUCCCUAGAUGCAGCUGGCUCAGCCAUGGAGGCCGCUGAGAGCCCGGAGCCCCACUGCAUGUGUCCACCCUACUGUUUCACGCUGUGACGUUAUGUACAGGAGAGACACGGCAUCUUUCUGAGUCGAUUCUCCUUCAGAACGUGCCAGUGUUUCUGCAGCUCGUAAUAUUCCCUGCCCUCGCUAUUGUAUCUCUUGGCUUUUUCUCGAUGGACUGCCUUUCUUUCCUCUCUGAGGAAAUUAUUCUUUCCUUUCUGCAUCCUGUACAGGGUUUGCUCCCACCCUCUUGACCUUGGCCAGCCUGUGCGUGACUCUCAGCAUCUGUUUAGUCACUGGAGAGAAGCUGGGGUCGAAUUGGUUUGCCUUCAGCCCUGUAGAGCUCCCCAGAGAGCAGGUGUUGACCGUGCCAAGUGUGCAUCACUGUGACAAGCAGUUGGCCUACCGCCUUCUCCCCUUACGGCUAAACCAGCUGAUGAAGACCUGUAGCCCGGGUGGAAGGCUUCUACAGUGGGUCACAGACGACCCCCCCCCCCGUUUUAAGUAGACUCUGUUGGGCCCGAGGGGUGGGGUAAAGGCUAGAAAUCCUGUUUGUAGAUAUGUCUGUGGAAAUGGCUUUGUGUUCCCUCGCUCUUCCAGCUCAGUGUCUUUGUGAGAGCCUUGCUGAGGCCCCUGGAGACCUGCCUAUUUUCCUGUAUACCAGCCUUCAGUGACAUCCCGGAUGGCUCCUCUGCCAGCCUCUACACUUAGCUGCAGUCACCAAAGUAACUCCCUAAGCAGAGGACAUGAUCACCUCUCCAUUAGCAGGGACAAGCUGUGGAACGCAGAAUCCCAGGACUGUGAUAGAUGACUAGAGUCUGACCUUGCAACCACCUUGGGGCCCGUGUCUUAAAGCAGCUGGGUGGCUGACAGGAGGCACUCCAAACAGGUUGUUGUAGGACAGAGUGGCCACAGCUGGAACUAAACCCCCAAGAAGAGUAAAUUGUCACAAAAAUAAUGGCAUCUGGAAGCCUGUGUUUCAAGCACCAGUAAGGAGUGGUAUGUGACUGAGGACACUGGCCAGUGUACCAGCCGCCUCGUCCUUUCCCAGUAUUCUCUGGGGAGGAAUAUGCCUUGACACAGCUAUGGCAAGUCCCCACCACUGCUGGGCCAUGACUUGGGGCCCUGCGGGUGGGGCCUGGGUCAGUGGUGCCCCAUGAGACAGGUGCAGGUGGCUGGCAUUUCAUUAUAGUAUCCCCAUCAGCAAAGAUGCAAAAGAGGGAGCAACUGGCCUUUGGGGUAUUGUCUUAGGGUUUUAUUACUGUGAAGAGACAUCAUGACCAAGGCAACCCUUAUGAAGGAAUCCGUUUAAUGGGGGCAGGGUUAGCUUCAGAGACUCAGUCCAUUAUUAUCAUGGUGAGCAUGAGUAUGGCAGUGUCCCAGAAGACGCGGUGCUAGGGGAGGAGCUGAGAGUUCUACAUCUCGAUCCACCAGUAGCAGAUGGAGCCUCACUGAGCAUAGCUUGAGCAUAGGAGACCACAAGGCCCGCCCCCAGAGUGACACACUUCCUCCAACAAGGCCACAACUCCAAGUAAUGCUGCUCCCUAUGGAGACGUAUUCAAGCAUAUGAGGCGAUGAGGGCCAGAGGUAUUCAAAGCACCAUCGGUAGUCUCUUAAAAAAAGGGACAGUUAUCUCUGACCCUACCCUGGGCUUAUAUGGCACAUAGACAUGGGGAGAAAUGCUUGCCUCCCUGUUUACUCUCCUCCUCUACCCUGGCACAUCAUGAGUGACAGUUCAUCGUGCUAACAAUCGGUCGCCCUGACUGCUGAAGCUUCAUUCUCUCCACCAGGUCCAGGAGAUCCCGAGAAGGGCCUCUCCAGGGAUGGUAGCGGCACAGGAGGCCUGUCCUAGCCCGGAUCACAGUUAGUACCGGGAAAAGCACAGCUCAUUUUGAGCCCUAUGUAUCUUUCUCACCUUGCUUGUGAGAGCUGGCUCUUGCGGCUUCACCCUCCUCAACACAUAACUGAAGUAAUUUCGCUCCCCCGAUUACUGGGAAACACAGACCACUGCCGGAAUGUUCCAGGGUAAAUAAGACAGGUUCCAGGGGACCCGGUCUCCUGUCUCUGCCUUUUCGAGCACUUGGUGUUGAGAGAGUUUCUCACUACAGCCUUUCUGGGCCCGUGAUGUUGCUGUCGUGGGAGUCAGUGGCAUGUCCCCUUUGCUCAGUGAGCAAACUAGGAGUCAGGCUGAGGCUCUCUCCACAGGCUACCCUGGGAGGACCCAAGACACUUUGCAAGGCAUCCUUUUUUGCCCUCAGACAUCGCCACUACUCUGAUGAACUGAGGAUGUGGGAAGUAGGGAACUGAAGGAGGUUGCUGGAAGCUCGCACAGUUCUGCUUUGUCUAAGGCCCAGUGUCUAUCACUCAGGGCCCAGCCCGAGAGCAAACCUUGUUUCGGGGGUUCAGAACUGAAGCAAGAAUGGCAGGAGUGGGGAGCAUGACCCAGAUGUACAUAGUGAGGAGGCCAGGGCCACUGCGAAGGAGCCGAAGGAGCCGGGGCAGGAGGAGUCAGGGUCCGGAGCAAGAACUUGGUCUCUUCCGCCCGCCCUCUGGAUUUCUGUGGGUGCCUCCCACCAGCUGGCAGGGAGAAGCCAGCGACCCUGGGAGCCUGUGGGCUCAGCAUACAGCAGGGGAGAGAAGCUGAAGAAGAGUAGCCCUGGGGGCGGGGCUACCCCUGUGGCUCUGCGUUCAGUCCCUCUGCAAUGCAGAAGACCUUGGGGAAGGAGACAGAGGAGUGGCCGGCUUGGGCUUUUAGAUUGUUUUCAUUCUUCUGGGGAGGAAAGAGCUCUACUGGGAGGGAAAGCCUUUCCUCAGAGUUGACCCUGCUCUCCCUCGGAGGCCAUUCGCCCUCUAAAGCACCCCGCCUCGUGCUCCCCUCUAGAAAGCCACGUCCUGGUUUCUGUGUACACCCCUGCCUGUUCCUCUCCUCCCAGGCUCUGGUUUCCCCUGCCUUGAUCACUAACCAGAGCAGGCCACAAUGCUUGGGAAGCUUUCUCCCACGCCAUGCCAGUGUGGCCUGCCUGUCUGUAGGAGAGGCCAUUCGACCGUCAGUUUGUAUCGUGUUUCCAAUAAAUUUCUGGAAAUCA